GUGAGCUCGCUGAGAGGCUAGAUCAGGGCGCCAGUGCCGCGAUGGAGAAGAUUGUAGUCUCCAUUCGUGUCCGGCCGCUCAGCAAGCAGGAAUCCGCCAAAGGAAGCCCUUGGAAGAUCUCAUCCAACGCCAUUUCUUUGUGCAAUGCUGCCACUGGGACGGUGCUGCCCGGCCACACUUACAUCUUCGACAGCGUUUUUGGGACGGAAGAGAAAACAGUGGAGCUGUACGAUGCUCAUACCAAAGCGAUUAUCAGCUCUGCCGUGAAGGGCAUCAAUGGAACUGUUUUCGCCUAUGGGCAGACGAGCAGCGGGAAAACUUACACCAUGAGAGGUUCUCCUGGCGAGCCUGGUAUAGUUCCUUUGUCAGUUCUAGAUGUUUUUGCCAACAUUCAAAAGGCGGAAGAUAGAGAGUUUUUGUUGCGGGUAUCAUACAUGGAAAUCUACAAUGAAGAAAUUAAUGAUCUGUUGGCUCCGGAGAACAGGAAACUCCAAGUUCAUGAAAACAUUGAGCGUGGAAUAUUUGUUGCUGGGUUGAGGGAGGAGAUAGUUUCUUGUCCGGAACAAGUGUUACAGUUGCUGGACUUUGGAGAAGCGCAUCGGCACGUUGGCGAGACAAAUAUGAAUGUGUACAGUAGCAGGUCUCAUACGAUAUUCAGAAUGGUGAUUGAAAGUAGAGACAGAAGUCAGGACGAUGCCUUGCAAACUUGUGACGCUGUCCGUGUUUCUGUUUUGAAUCUUGUAGAUUUGGCUGGCUCGGAACGCGUUGCUAAAACCGGAGCUGAAGGAGCUCGCCUAAAAGAAGGUUCUCAUAUCAACAAAAGCUUGAUGACUCUCGGAACUGUAAUCAACAAACUAAGUGAAGGAAUUGAAAGUCAGGGGGGUCACGUCCCUUACCGGGAUAGCAAAUUAACGCGGAUCCUUCAGCCUGCUUUAGGUGGAAAUGCUCGAACUGUUAUUAUCUGUAACGUUACACCGGCAAUGGUGCACGUUGACGAGACCAAGGGUACACUGCAAUUUGCCAGUCGAGCUAUAAGAGUAACUAAUUGUGCUCAAGUGAACGAGAUUGUUACAGAUGCCGCACUGCUGAAACGACAGAAAAGAGAAAUUGAGGAAUUAAGAAAGAAGCUACAGGUUUUUAGCGGAAGCACUUGUACUAUGACGUCUGAUUAUUAUCUUGUGCAGGACAACCACUCUGAACACUUAGAAGAAGAAGUACUUAGUUUGCGCAAUGAUAUGCUGAAGAUUGAGCUGGAGAGAGAAAGGAUGGCACUUGAGCUACAAAAUAAGGCUGAACGUGAACGCCGCAUGAAAGAACAGAUAGAGAACUUAAGCACCAUGGUACUCAAUUCGGCAGUUGAUGAUCGGCACACCGACAAAAGCAUGAAGAAGACAAACCGUCGAGAAACCUGGUGUCCGCGGUUGACAUCAUCAAAAUCGGCAGUAGAGGUUCAAAGUCUUAAAGCAAAUGUUGUUUCGAACCGCGAACGGCAACUCCCACCGCCAUUCGAGGUCUUGAAAGAAGAAGAAGACGUUCCUAUGAACGAUUCGAAGGAGGUCACUGGCGGGGACAAGGAAACGUUUGUCCCACCACGUGCAUCGAAUUUUGUUGGCGAUCGACGACACAAACUAUCUGCUCGCUUGCAUGCCAACGAGGAGGAACUACUGGAUUUACAAGCUCGAUAUCAGGCUUUACACUGUGAUUACGAAGUUGCGAAUUCCGAAAUUGAUAAGCUGCGACACGAGAAUGAACAGUUGAAGGCCACAGCCUGCAAAUCUGAGGCGAAGCACACUGAUGGAGAUCGGAGGUGUAAAAGCCUAGAUGGAAAUCAGCUUGAUAUCCAUGCUGAAGUUAUCGCAGCUUUACAAAGCCAGGUGGAAACUCUAGAAAUGGAGAAGUUUUAUAUGCAACGGGAGCUUGAUAGCAGAAUUGAGCACCAGAAAAUUCAGGCAAAUAGCGCCAAACAGCUUCUUGAGGGGCUGCAUGAAGAACUAAAAGAAUCCAAUCAACAAAUUGAACAUAUCACCACCCGCAACAUGCAGUUAGAGCGAGAAAAAGAUGAGGCGGGAAGAUCAUAUGUACAAUUGGCUACAGCAUUUGAGGAUUUGAAGGCUGAAAUAGAAGGCUCAAUGUCUCAUGCAACUGGCUGGAUUCAAGAGCUUAUGGCUGGGGUCAAAGAGCCUGUGAUGUGCUUUGAGGAACUUCGUCUCUUUAACAGCCAUACUUUUGCAGAGCUUAAACAUAACUUGACUAUCCAGAAGGAUGCAUUACAACAGCAAAUAACUCUGGCAGAGGCUCGAAUAAUUGAGCUCGAAGCUGCAGCGCUGGAUGCAACGAAAAAACCCGAGGUUGACCAUGAGGAUGAAUGCUCUAAACUGAAACUCGAAAUUCUAGCUCUGCAGAAGGAUCUUUCGGGUGUAAAGGCUCUUCCAUCUGAGAAAGAGAAAGACAGUUUGCGAAAGGAGCUUGAAAAGUCCAAGACGAAACUGAAAGAAACCGAGGCUAAGCUGAGAACAACUUUACAGGAUAAAAGCAAACUAGAGGCUGAAAAAGCAAACUUUGAUAGAGAAUUAAAAACUCUUCGAAGUCAGAGUACGUUGCUUCAACGGGAUAUAGACAGAAAGGAAUCUCUUGCGGAUAAAAGACGUGACUCUAUGGCAUGCUUCAACAAAGCAAAGCAUCAGUUAAGUUGUGUCGAGGAUGCACUACAUCAAAAAGCUGUAGAUUUGGAAAAGACGAGUUUUGAGUUGCAAGUGUUGCAGGGUGCUUAUCAUGAGGUGGAAACUUCGCUGCUGGAAGCUAGAAGCACUAUAGUGCAGUUAGAAAAGCAAGUCGAAGCUGCGGCGGAAGAAAUCACACUUUUGAAAGAGGAGCGUGAAAAAGCAGUCAGUUCAGCAAAUAACACUGCUAUCGAACUUAGAGCUGCAACAGAACAAUGCGGAGCAAGUAGAUUACAGGUGGAUGAGCUUCAACAAGCCUAUGAGGACUUGAAUCGUCAACUUCAAGAACGUAAUGCUUCCUUGCAGAUGCAAGAAGAGGCUAAACAGGAUUUGGUAGUGGAACUUACAGACGUUUAUUAUAAACUAGAAGAAGAAAAGGCUGUAUCUGCUGCAAGAAGACAUGCGAUUGAGGAGAAAGAAGGCGAAUGUUCUGCUUUGAGCAAUAAGAUACAAGCUUUGUCUUCUGAGAUUGACAAGAGCAUACGGAUGGAGGCAGUAGAGAACAGCCUGCAUUUGGAGCUCAAAAAGCUGGAAGAAACACUUGAAGAAAAAGAAAAUCGACUUCAGAUUGCUUUGAACCAAACGGUGGACAAGCUUAGAGCUGAACUUGAUCCGAUCUUACAGAAGGUUACGGAAGUGGAAAAAGAUAUCGAGAAAGAGAUUCGAAGCGGACUUGAAGACGGUCAUAUGGUGCAAGAGUUUGAACUGAAAGCUGAAUCUUAUCAACAACAAAUUGUGGAGUUGGAAACUGUGAAGCAAAAAACUGAAGAAACGGUGAAGGGACUAAAAGAAUUAUUGAAAUCGUCAAACGACACUUGUGCGUUGCACGCUGAAAAGAUAGUGAAGCUGACGGACGAGCUCAAUAGUAAACAUCACAAGCUCGAAAAGGUGAUCGAUGAGCUCAGUAUUGAGCACCAGAGAGUCGAGAACCUCUCGAAGGAGCUUGAUUGUGAACAUCAGAAGUUUGAGAGCCUGAAGGAGGAGCUCAGUUGUGAGCACCAAAAAGUCGAGCAGCUGUCGAAGGAGCUAGAUUGUGAACACCAGAAGUUCGCGGAGGAGCUGAGUCGUGAGCACAAGAAAGUCGAGAACCUGACGAAGGAACUCAAUUUUGAACAUCAGAAGAUCGGGAAGCUAACGGACGACCUCACUUAUGAGCACCGGAAGAUCGAGAAGCUGACGGAGGAGCUCACUUGUGAACGCCAGAAGCUGACGGAGACGCUCACCUGCAAACACCACCAGAUCGAGAAGCUGACGGAGGAACUCAAUUGUAAACACCAGAAGCUUGAGAAGCUGCAAGAAGAAUAUCAACACCUUCAGGCAUCAGAAGCGGAUGAACGUUUGCAAGGCGAGAGAACUUUGCAACAUAAUCUUCGGCUAGAGAAGCUCGAGGCAACCGUCGAGAGCGGUGAAAGGGAAAUGCGAACUCUUCUUACUUCGAAAACCAAACUUCAAGUGGCUUUCGACGCAAUGUCCGCCAGGGCGGAUGUCUUCGAGGUGCGGUUGGAAGAUGCACGCUGGGACUUGAUCGACUUUAGAGACAAAGCCAGACGGGCCCAAGACAAACUGGAGAGCAACCUUACAGCCGCAAAACUCGAAGUCGUGGAGCUCAAAGUGGAGCUUGAGAGUGUCACCAAUCAACUCGCAGAACUCCAGCCUCCUAUACCAGAAACAGUUAAAGAUGCCUCCUGCUCGAAACGUAAGCCUUCCGAGCUCCACUCGGGCAUCACCAAGCUGACGAAAACCAAAGAAUCAGAUCAAGAGAAGCUCUCGAGGGACGAGGGUACGCCUCGUCCAAAAACCUCCAGAGAUCAUCAUCAAGAUCAUCAACAAAGGCGCCCUCUAUCGCCACUGGACAACUUACACUCGAAACAUCGCCGCUAGAGGAGAAGCUCCACAACUCGCAAGUUUCUAGAUCAUACUGGACAACUUUCCUUGUAACUUCUCUAGGAAUGCCGGGCGUUAUUUCUCACAAAGAGGUGCCAAGUUCUAGUCCCUGCCCGAAACUAAACAAUUUUUAUAUUAACUUGUGACGUGGUCAUACCCAAUGAUGGUUUGCCAGGUGCACGUAUAGGGGCCUUUAGAUCUUGAAAACGGACGGUUGGAUUU